AUGACUGAAUCCUCCCCUCUGAUCUCUCUUUCUGCAUUCAUUUCUUUGGCCUCUCUUCUCAUCGUACCCUCUUUCUGCAUCCAUUGUUUUUGCCCUCUCUUCUCACCGUACCCUCUUUCUGCAUCCAUUUAUUUACACUCUCUUCACCGAUCAAGCACCCAUUUCUGCAUCCAUUUAUUUACACUCUCUUCUCACCGAGGUCCCUCUUUCCUGUCCAUUUCUUUUCCCUCUUUUUUUUCGCCGAUCCCCCUCUUUCUCUAUUUGUUUCUUUUUCCUGUUAUCUCGCAUUGUCCUCUUCUUGCACCCGUUUCUUUUCCCUCUCGUCCCUCCGUGCUCUCGUUCGGCACUUGUUUCUUUUCCAUCUUUUCUCGCAUUGCCCUCUUUCUGCACCCGUUUUUUUUCUAUCUCUUCUUCUCAUACCCUCUUCAUGCACCCAUUUCUUUUCCCUCUCUUCUCGCCGUUCCCUCUUUCUACACGCAUUUAUUUCUCCUUUCUUCUCAUCCUACCCUUUUCCUGUGCCCAUUUUAUAUUCUCCCCCUCCACCCUUUCUCUUUAAACUAUAAGGAAGACAAACGAACACUUCAUCAUAAACAAUAG